AUGGGGCUGAAAAUAUUUCCCGAUACCUCGCGGACCGCUGUAUAUGCGUUCCUUGGAGUGCCAUAUGCGGAACCUCCUAUUGGCGAGCUACGUUUUGCGCCUCCUGUGCCACAUAAAGGCUGGAAUCGGACAUUACAGGCUAGAAGCAUGCGACCGCUUUGUCCACAGCCCUCAAACUCAAUCUAUGAUGAAAUAGUAGAUGGGACCUUACCACGAGGCUCUAUAGUGAAUGAGGAUUGUUUAUAUCUAAAUAUAUGGGUUUCCGAGACUGCAAAUGCUGUGAUGAAAGCUGUAUUGGUUGUAAUUACCGGCGAGGAAAUGAUUUAUGAUUGGUCUCAAAAUCGUUUGUCCGGUGUGGAUCUAGCCUUGGAGAAUGUUAUUGUGGUUUCGGUACAGUAUCGCAACAACAUUUUCGGUUGGUUGGCUAUAGAUGAUGGUGCACUGGCUGGUAAUUUAGGCCUGCAGGAUCAACGGCUUGCGCUCCUAUGGAUUCAACAUAAUAUUCAAAACUUUGGCGGCAAUCCAAAUGGAAUAAUUUUACUAGGACACGGUACAGGUGGCGCACCAUGCGCUUUGGCUCACACACUUUUAAACCCAUUCGGUGACCAGAAGUUAAUUACUAAGCUAAUCCUAAUGUCUGGUGGAGAUUUCUCAGGAACAUUAAGCACUGGAAAAUCAGUGGUAGAAGCAUCAAAUAUUAUGGUGUCCAAAUUGGGUUGUCAAUUCGAAAAACCGAGUCGUAAGAUUACACAUUGUUUGAGACAAAAGAGUAUCAGUGAUUUGCUGAAUGCCUUCGAGAGUAUAUACGAUCAUCGCAAUGGCAGCUUUCACAUUGGACCUAUUUUGUCAGCCUCCUACGAAGAUUUAAUAAGAAAUCGGACAAUUUCCUUUCCGUUGCCGCCUAUACUGAUAGGUAUCACUUCAAAUGAGGGCUCAUUUGUGGAGCAACGUUGGUUAAAUUUAGCACGCGAAGGCUAUCGAUCGUUUCGUGAUUAUGUAAAUUACACUGUGGUACGAAGUAUCCUACGAAGAUUUAAUGCGCAUAUAAGAGAUAAAGUGAGAUUUGCCAUUAAUUGGUUUUACUUUAGUGGAGAGGCUAAUGAAAGUGUAAAACACUUACUCUACUCUAUGCAACGACUUAUAUCUGAGUUUUUUUACGAAAUGCCAUUCUAUCGGCUUUUGAAAAUUUUAACCACGAAAGAACAGGAUACCACCAUCACCACGUCAGUGUUUGCUUAUGUGUUCGAUGUCACAAAAUCAAUGGACAUGCGUGGAAAAGUAAAUUACUUUGGUGGCGCAUCGCAUUCGUCGGAUCUACUCCUACUACUCGGACCCAGCAUGUUCCAGCAGGUAUCCAGAAGACGUUUGUCAGCAGAGGAGGAUUAUAUUUCUAGAAAUUUCCGAAAAGUUAUAAUAAACUUCAUUACGAGUGGAAGCGAUACAUCCACCCUGUACUUCAAAUCCAACAAGUGUUUUUCUUAUACGAUGGAAAACCCAUUUAUUUGUAGCUUUAAUGAAGCUGAAAAUGGGAUACAGUCGGGAACGAAAGGAUAUUAUUUUUCGGAUUUUUUAAGAAACUCGAAUGAAAUCGAUAAAAUCUUACAAAAUGUGGAGAUAAGUGAUAAGAGUUUGUCGAGAGGCAACAGGAAAUAUACAGGCCGGAACAAUGAUGAUGAACGGGGAUUUUACGCAAAAAAUCAAACCGAGUACGGUUAUGUCAUGCACUUGAAGAGAGUUUACCACUUCUGGCAGAUUUUUGUACAAAACAUACCAUUUUACGGCACCGAAAACGAUUACGAUAAUAUCAAUGCUCCCUCAGGUCAGCAAAAACUGUUAAAGGAGGCCGCGGCUGAUGCAGCUCGAUAUCGGAAAGGGUUUUUUGCACUAAUGAUACUAGUUGUGCUUCUUUUGGGUGUUUUAGCAAUGUGCGUUUAUAUACUGCAUAGGGAUCAAAUACGUGAGCGCACGCAGGCUUCCGUUUCACGGUUAUGACGUAGGUGGAUACAGAAACCAAUAUGGUUUCAAAAGAUGACUAACGCCUCAGUUGUUGACAACAACAACAGCUUCAAAUCAGAAAACUUUUCUUUUGGUAAGAUUGGUGAGAUCAAAUCAUCAGUAAGAGAAAGCUCUAAACGAAAAGGUGAGACGAACCAAAACAAAUUUGAGAUACGUCACAAAAGAGAGUUCACAAGAAAUAGCGAUGAGCAGAGUGAAACGCAAUAUACCGUUAAACAUUGGCAAUAUGAGCUCACUUGCGAUAAGUUCUGAUUCCAGGAUUUGUUUCAACUCACCAAAAUUUCACAUAUAAAAUGAUCUGCAACGAGUUAUAAGUAAUGCCGAGCUUGAAGCCUUCGUUUAGAUACUAAUACCGUGGGAGGGGUUAGCGAGUUAUAUGUUACGUAUUUUACUUUUUUAUUUUAAGUAAGUA